UUAAAGAGCUUGCAGUUUGUCUCUUUCACUAAGUAAGAAGCAUUCUCUGACAAAACACACUAAAAUUAACUCUCACAAAACAAUGCCAACUUCCUUAUUUCUGUUCUCUUUUCUUCUCUGUCUAUUAUCCUCACUAAGCAUUUCAGAUGGGGCACAACUCAUUGUAGUAAACAACUGCCGGGAGAGCAUAUGGCCCGGAAUACUAGGAAGCGCAGGCCAAGCCACCCCGAAGGACGGUGGAUUCCACCUAGGCAGCGGGGAGGAAGUAGUCCUUGAUGUGCCGGAGAAGUGGUCUGGCAGGAUAUGGGGCAGGCAGGGCUGUAACUUCGACAACAACGGGAAAGGCUCGUGUGUCACCGGAGAUUGUUCGAACCAGUUACAUUGCAACGGCAAGGGCGGGGUACCACCUGCCACGGUGGUGGAAAUGACACUCGGCACUUCGAAUUCACCCAUGCAUUUCUAUGAUGUGAGCUUGGUUGAUGGGUUCAACUUGCCGGUUUCGAUGAAGCCCGUUGGGGGUGGGAUCGGGUGCGGGGUGGCGUCUUGUGAGGUUGACUUGAAUGUAUGCUGUCCUUCGGCAUUAGAAGUGAAGAGUGAAGGCAAAGUUGUGGGCUGCAAGAGUGCAUGCUUGGCAAUGCAAUCUGCCAAGUAUUGCUGCACAGGGAACUAUAGCAACCCGAAUACUUGCAAGCCCACACUCUUUGCGAAUCUCUUUAAGGCUAUAUGUCCAAAGGCGUAUAGUUAUGCUUUUGAUGACUCAACUAGCCUUAACAAGUGCAGAGCUACUCGCUAUGUCAUCACUUUCUGCCCUCCUCAAUAAGAUCGGGAAAAUCGGAAUCCGGGGCUUUGUCAUGGCUUUGCAAGGAAGUAUGAGGCAAUUACGAGAUGAAACUUUUUAUGUUUGUUGUUAAUUGCUAUGUUAGUGCUCUCUCUCUCUCUCUCUCUCUUGUCUUUAUUAGUAAGUAGGAUUUGAAUAUCUUAUAUGGUCUUAUAGAAGCUUAUGAAGAAUUUGCCAAAGCACUGGAUGGAAAUAGUAGAGUGCUAGGAUAUGCAAUGUCAAGUAGUCGAGUUUAAUGGAAAUUUGCUUUUAAUGUCU